GAGCCCUCUCGGGAACUGCUGCUAUGGGAGUGUGAGAGAGCAAAUUUCCGAGCAAGGAGAGUUCCCAGGGAGUAAAAUCAUAUCCAGGAUGAGGCAGUAUGUGCAAGUCCCAACUGUUGAGCAAGAAAAAGCCUAUGAUUAUAAUUCUGCCUUUGAACCGAGACCGUGUAUGUGUUUGGGAGUUUGCUGUUGCUGUGCUGCGCUGAGACCUCGCUACAAGCGUCUGGUGGAUAACAUAUUUCCUGAAGAUCCAAAAGAUGGUCUUGUUAAAGCCGACAUGGAGAAGUUGACUUUCUAUGCGGUUUCUGCACCAGAAAAGCUGGAUCGAAUUGGGGCUUACCUGGCAGAGAGACUGAGCAGGGAUGUCGUCAGACACCGUUAUGGUUAUGUUUUAAUUGCCAUGGAGGCACUGGACCAACUUCUGAUGGCUUGUCAUUCUCAAAGCAUAAAACCAUUUGUGGAAAGUUUCCUUCACAUGGUGGCCAAGCUUCUGGAAUCAGGUGAACCAAAGCUGCAAGUCCUUGGAACUAAUUCUUUUGUCAAAUUUGCCAACAUUGAGGAAGACACACCUUCCUAUCACAGACGCUACGACUUCUUUGUGUCUCGGUUCAGUGCCAUGUGCCACUCAUGUUACCCCGAUCCAGAAAUACAAACCGAGAUCAGAAUUGCUGGAAUCAGGGGCAUUCAGGGAGUGGUUCGAAAAACAGUUAAUGAUGAACUUCGAGCAACUAUAUGGGAACCUCAGCACAUGGACAAGAUCGUACCAUCAUUGCUGUUCAACAUGCAGAAAAUAGAAGAUAUUGACAGCAGAAUAGGCCCUCCAUCCUCUCCCACAGGAGGAGAGAAAGAGGAAAAUCCUGCUCUGCUGGCUGAGAAUUGUUUCAGAGAGCUACUAGGACGAGCAACCUAUGGAAACAUGAAUAAUGCUGUCAGACCAGUUUUUGCACAUUUAGACCAUCAUAGACUAUGGGAUCCAAAUGAAUUUGCUGUUUCCUGCUUUAAAAUCAUCAUGUAUUCGAUACAGGCACAAUAUUCCCAUCAUGUCAUACAAGAAAUCCUUGGCCACCUUGACGUCCGCAAAAGGGACUCACCACGAGUUCGUGCUGGCAUUAUUCAGGUUCUUUUGGAAGCAGUUGCAAUAGCAGCUAAAGGAUCAAUAGGCCCGACAGUUCUGGAGGUGUUUAAUACCUUGUUGAAGCACUUGCGCAUCAGCGUUGACUUCGAGCUGGGUGACAGGCGCAGCUCAGCGGGAAGUGCCACCUUCAGCACGAGCUCCAAGGAGAGUGAUGAGAGGAUUGUCCAGAAUGCAAUUAUUCAGACAAUUGGAUUUUUUGGAAGCAAUCUCCCAGAUUACCAGAGAUCAGAGAUUAUGAUGUUCAUUAUGGGCAAAGUACCUGUUUUGGGGACUUCACAGUCACUGGAUACCAGCCACCUUGGAGAUUUGGGAACUAGAAGGAUUCAAAUCAUGUUACUGAGAUCUUUACUUAUGGUGACUUCAGGAUACAAAGCCACAACGAUCAGUAAUGCACUUCCUGCCCCGUUCCUGGACCCGUUACUGUCUCCUUCCCUCAUGGAGGACUCUGAGCUCAGGCAGCUGGUCCUGGAAAUCCUGCACAACCUCAUCGAUCGGCAUGACAACAGAGCGAAGCUCAGGGGGAUACGAAUAAUACCAGAUGUUUCUGAUCUAAAGAUAAAACGAGACAAGAUUUCAAGGCAAGAUGUGAGCUUCAUGAAAAAGCAUGGUCAGCAGUUGUACAGACACAUCUACUUAGGCUGCAAAGAAGAAGACAAUGUCCAGAAAAACUUUGAACUGCUGUUUACAUCUCUAGCUCUUACCACAAUUGAACUGGCCAACGAAGAAGUGGUUAUUGACCUCAUUCGAUUAGCUAUUGCCUUGCAGGACAUUGCCAUCAUCAACGAGGAUAAUCUGCCAAUGUUUAAUCGCUGUGGUGUAAUGGCAUUGGUUGCAGCUUAUCUAAACUUUCUGAGUCAGAUGAUUGCAGUCCCUGCCUUUUGUCAGCAUGUCAGCAAGGUCAUUGAAACUAGAAGUGUGGAAGCAUCUUAUUUUCUCCCAGAAACAAUUUUCAAAGACAAAUGCGAUCUUCCAAAAUCCUUAGAGAAGCAUGAAAAAGAUUUAUUUUUCCUGACGAACAAGAUUGCAGAAUCAUUAGGAGGCAGUGGAUACAGUGUGGAAAGAUUGUCAGUUCCAUAUGUACCCCAGGUAACAGAUGAGGACAGACUCUCCAGGAGGAAAAGCAUUGUGGACACAGUGUCUCUUCAGGUGGAUAUUCUGCCUGGCAACAACACAGAGGACAAGAUUGAUAAUACUGAAGAAAUUACGUUUGAAGCUUUGAAGAAAGCCAUUGAUAACAAUGGACUCGAAGAACAGGAAAAGGAAAAACGGCGUCUGGUGAUUGAAAAGUUCCAAAAAGCGCCAUUUGAAGAAAUCGCAGCCCAGUGUGAAACCAAAGCAAACUUGCUUCAUGACAGACUUGCACAGAUACUGGAACUCACCAUUCGUUUAACAGUGCAAUCACAGCUGUUAGUGGAUGACGAAACAGCCCCUUAUCUACAGCAUUCCGUUGCGAUUUUUACUGCUGCAGCGUAUCAGCCUGAUCAGACCACAGCCUACACAUAAAUAGGACUCUAGCCUUUAGUUUUCACCUUUUUUUGUUGUUUUUUUUUUUUUUGUUGUUGUUUCUUUUUUUUAAGGUAAGACUAAUAGCUUUUUGGCCUAUAUAAAGAGUGUAAUUUUUUUAAACAGUAAAUCUAACCUAGGGAUACAAUGUAAAACACUUCUCCAUGCUGUCAUUUUUUUAAGAAUAUCACUCUGCACUUUUGUACAAAAAAAAAAUAAGUCUAAGAAGUAAAGAAUGUACUUCAGUUUGCACUUGUGCAGUAUGAAGACUGUGCUGUAAAUACAGGAUUGUUUCUGUGAUUGGAUUCUGUUGCAUGAAUGCUGCAUGUGAAAGUAACUAGAUUCAGCAUUUCAUUUUCUGUUCUUUUUAUGAAGUAUUUUUCAUUGAUGCUGAUGGUAGGUUUUCAUGUUUCCAGUGUUGAAAUGAGCUUUGUUUGGUAAAUGCAGGUGUUGUGCAGGUGUUGUGCAGGGAAUGAAGAGCUUGUAACACCCUGCGUGUUCAUGUGAUAUUUAAUUUCUUCCUUUCUGGAAGUUCAGGGAGUCUGUAAGUUGGUAAUUGGUUCACUUUGGCCUUUCUUGACAUAUGGGAGAUGGGAGAGACUGUAAAAUGUAUUGGUUUGGUAGCUAUUGAUUGGUAUAUGUAGCUAAUGAAUGAAACCAAAAGAAUUAAGAAUGCUGUUUGUUGUACAGUAUGAAGCUGCUGCGUUUCACUUCUCUUUUUAUGUUCUUCAGACAAGUUGCAGAACUUUAAAAGCUCCUUAUGCAAACUGGUCCUGUUUUAUCUGCAACACUUUGAGCACUGUCAUAAUGGUUAUAAAUUGGUACCCAGCUGUUUAAGUGUAUUCCAGCUGUUGCUUUGGGUUCUCUUUCCCAUUAUGUCAUUUUGAAAAAAAAAUAUAGCUUUUGUAGUGGGUCACUUUAAGGUAAAUUAAAUCUGUGGUAAUUUCAAAAGGUAGAAAUAGCCUGUUAUCCAAAAUCAGAGUAGGGCUAAUUUGUCUGUUGUUCCAAUGGUCAUAUAUUCUGUACUGUAUGUAAUGAACCAGUUUCAAUAAAUGUAAGAACACACUGUGCAAUCUAUAUUUAAGCAAUAAAAUAAACCAAAAUUUCAAAUUAA